AUGGCUCUGUCUUACUUUGCCGUCCGUUCUCUUCAAUUGCUUUCCCUCAACGCCCCCGUUCAAUGCCCGGUGGUGUUGGAUGGCCGAAUUCCCCAAAAUACGACUCUCUCAGUAUUCGACACAAAUGCAAGCCCGUUCAACCCCGGCUACAGCAAGGGCCAAAAUCUCUCAUGGUCACAGAUCCUCGAGUUUCCGACAGUUGCACCAUCAUUGUUCGAUGCCUCGAAUCUUGGGAGUUUCAAGCCCCUCGAGGUGACCAUCGACGACAGGUCGAUCUUCAACCCCAGCGGCACCAACCCGCAGCUAGGCUUCAGGAGGGCGGGUCUGCUGCUCGGAAACGGGUCCGAUGCCUCCAAUGAGGGGGUCAUGACCUUCCAUUGGAGCUCAAAGCAGGAUCAGGAGCGACCGCUGAACCUUACUCAUGAGUACCUCGCCGUCUGGCACGAGACCAACGACUCCUCCGCCGCGCAGUUUGCGCUGCAGCUCGGGCUGCCCCUGGGCUCCAACGAUACAUCUGAGGCAGUGUCGCACAGCUGGAAGAUGCUGGAUCGGAAUAACAGCGUUGUCUUUACAUCUCCCCUCAACUUUGAGGAGUGGGUGAACUUUGCUGUAACGGUCGACAUCCCCAAUAACACACUCCAGGUCUACUUCUCCGAGGGUGCUGCACCACUGAAAGCUGUUAGUGAGGUGCUCCCUAACGACAACAGCGGCGGCGGUGCUCUCCAGAUUGGCUUGCUCAAGAAGCCUACUGAAACCAAGACAGUUGUUUUCGACGGGUAUCAGGAGAGCCAUUUGAACGAGGGUCAAAUUUAUGGCGGUUUGUUUGUCGAGAACAGUGCCGACAACUGCGUCUCUCGCGGAGCCUGA